AUGGACUAUCGCCUCCUCCUAAGAAAAUGGAAUGAUGGAGAGAGCAUAGUCAAGAGGAUCAUUGACGUAGGUUUCUUUAAAAACGAAGAACUUGCGACAAUCUUGGGGACUUCUAAACGGACUAUUGAGCGAAUUGCUGCAGAGAAUACUGAGAGUGAAUCUGACGAAGCGGCUGGAAGAGAAGAGGCACUAUCCAGAUCUCCCAUAAAGCAUUGAAGUGAUGAAGACUUUGCUGAGGUCAUUAAGGAAUGUGAGAAGGAUACAGGCUUUGUCAGCAAGGCAAGUUUGAGGGCCCAAUUCAAAAGAAAGACAGUUGACAUCAGCGAAGAACAGCUAGGAAAAGAGCUGAAUAAGAGGGGAUAUGUCUAUAGGAAGAAAAGGGUUGUUCUACAGCUCAUAAAGAGCAGAGAAUGUCCUGGGCUAGGUCUUUGAUUGACUCAGAUAUCGCUUCAUGGAUCUUCAGUGAUGAGUGCUAUGUGCAUCUCUUUCGUAACUCUAAUUUGUGCAAAGAAGGGAUAA